AUGGGUGAUCGUGUGGAUAUGGUUUCUGAAUUUGACAACGUGGAGGAAAAUAUUUCACCUAAAAGAAGAAAUAUUCCAGGAAAAGACAUGAAAUUUAAGUCUCCGAGUAAGCCGUACAAGGAAAUGAUGGUUGAAAUUUCAAAUUCCACAGGUAUUGGUCGCAAUUCGAUAGUUUCAAUUAUUUCCGAAUACAAAAAAACCGGAACUGUCACGUCUCCUAAUAAGACACGUAAUAAGAAGUGUCUGUUCGAUUACAUUGACGAUUUAGAUCGUAAUGCACUUCGUCAAAAAGUUCAUUCCUUUUGGUUGAGAAAAGAUUUACCAACCAUCGACAAAAUUUUGCAUGCGGUGAAUGAAGAUCCUGCCUUUCCCGAUUUCAAACGCACUUCGUUGUAUUCGGUGAUAAAGAAAUUGGACUUCGUCUUCACCAAGAGGAAAAGAUCCAGCGUCUUGACGGAGCGAGAAGAUCUGUUGGUUUGGCGUCAGAAUUAUUUGUACGAUGUAGAGGAGGAUAAAAUGACCGAAGUAGACGAAAAUAUGGUUGAAAUUAUAGACAAUUUAGAACCCCGUGUCCUCACCAUAACAGGCGAUACUUCCAAUUCUGAUGACUUAAUUCUUCCAUAA